AAGACGCCUGCUCUCCUACCAGCCGAACGCCACGACUGUGCCACCCUCUAGGCCAUGGAGAAUGAGCUGCCAGUCCCGCACACGUCUAGCAGCGCCAGCGUCACCAGCAGUCCCAGUGGGGUCACCAGUAGCGGUGGCGGCAACAGUAGCAGCAGUGGUGGCAGUGGCCACCCCACUGGGCCCCAGAUUUCUGUGUACAGUGGUAUUCCUGACCGGCAGACCGUGCAGGUGAUCCAGCAGGCCCUGCACCGGCAGCCCAGCACCGCCGCUCAGUACCUGCAGCAGAUGUACGCCGCCCAGCAGCAGCACCUCAUGCUGCAGACCGCAGCGCUGCAGCAGCAGCACCUCAGCAGCGCCCAGCUCCAGAGCCUGGCGGCUGUGCAGCAGGCAAGCUUGGUAGCCAACAGACAAGGGAGCUCCUCGGGCAGCAGCGGGGCUGCGCAGGCACCAGCCCAGCCGUCCUCGCUCAAUCCGGCCGCUGCCCAGCUCAUCAGUCGGGCACAGAGCGUCAACUCGGCCACAGCCUCAGGCAUCGCCCAGCAGGCAGUGCUCUUGGGCAACACCUCUUCUCCCGCCCUGACGGCCAGCCAAGCACAAAUGUACCUGAGGGCACAAAUGCUCAUCUUCACGCCCACGGCCGCCGUUGCUACUGUGCAGCCUGAGCUCAGCACUGGCUCCCCCGCCCGGCCCCCCACCCCUGCCCAGGUACAGAACUUGACUCUCCGGCCUCAGCAGACACCAGCCACAGCAGCCUCGGGCCCCACCCCCACCCAGUCUGUCGUCCCCAGCUUGGCCUUGAAACCCACGCCAAGUGGUAGCCAGCCUCUGCCUACCCCAUCACAGGGCAGAAAUUCCGCUCAGGGCUCCCCUGCAGGUGCCAAGUCCGGCCUAACUGACAGUGCGCUGGAAGCACUCAAGAAAGGAGAGGGCAACAGCAGCGUGCCGGGGACCAUGGAGGGCCGGGCCGGGCUCGGCCGGGUGCUGCCCUCGGUGGCUGCCCACCCCCUCAUUGCACCAGCCUAUGCUCAAUUGCAGCCACACCAGCUCCUCUCACAGCCACCAUCAAAGCACCUUCAGCCUCAAUUUGUGAUGCAGCAGCAGCAGCAGCAGCAGCAGCAGCAGCCGCCAGUGCCACCAUCCCCGCAGCAGCCACGGCCUGUGCUCCAGCCCCAGCCCCAAACCCAGCUCGCCUCCGUCCCUCCCAGCUUGGCCCUCCAGCCCAGCUCAGAAGCCCACGCCAUGCCACUAGGCCCAGUUACACCCACCCUGCCACUCCAGGGCCCCACUGCCAACCUGCACAAGCCUAGCAGCACUCAGCAAUGUCAUCCCACGCCAGAUACGGGGUCCCAUAAUGGACAUCUGGAGGGCCCAUCUCAUCUCCCUCAACGCAGGUUCCAGCACACCUCCGCCGUCAUCCUGCAGCUACAGCCUGCCUCCCCCGCGCCCCAGCAGUGUACCCCAGAUGACUGGAAGGAGGUGGUGCCUGGGGAGAAGAGCGGGCCGGAGACUCAGUCUGGCCCAUCACCACACCACCAAGCCAUCAUCCCCGCCAUGCCUGGUGGCCUUCCUGUACCCAAGAGCCCUAACAUCCAGCAUUCCCCAGCUCACGAGCCAGGGCAGGGCAUUGUUCAUGCACUGAGCGACCUCAGCAGCCCCGGCAUGACCUCAGGGAACGGAAACUCUGCCUCCAGCAUCACUGGCACUGCCCCCCAGAAUGGUGAGAACAAACCGCCACAGGCCAUUGUGAAACCCCAAAUCCUGACGCAUGUUAUCGAAGGGUUUGUGAUCCAGGAGGGGGCGGAGCCUUUCCCGGUGGGACGCUCGUCCCUGCUGGUGGGAAACCUCAAGAAGAAGUAUGCACAGGGGCUCUUGCCUGAGAAACUUGCACAGCAGGAUCACACCACCACCACGGACUCUGAGAUGGAGGAGCCCUAUUUGCAAGAAUCCAAAGAGGAGGGUACUCCCCUCAAACUCAAAUGUGAGCUCUGUGGCCGGGUGGAUUUUGCCUACAAGUUCAAGCGUUCGAAGCGUUUCUGUUCCAUGGCUUGUGCAAAAAGGUACAAUGUGGGAUGCACCAAACGAGUGGGACUUUUCCACUCAGACCGGAGCAAACUACAGAAGGCAGGAGCCACAACCCACAACCGCCGUCGGGCCAGCAAAGCCAGUCUGCCAACACUCGCCAAGGAUACCAAGAAGCAGCCAACAGGCACUGUACCCCUUUCCGUUACGGCUGCGUUGCAGCUAACACACAGCCAGGAAGACUCCAGCCGUUGCUCAGAUAACUCAAGCUACGAGGAGCCCCUGUCACCCAUCUCAGCCAGCUCAUCCACCUCCCGACGGCGGCAAAGCCAGCGAGACCUGGAGCUCCCUGACAUGCACAUGCGGGACCUGGUGGGCAUGGGGCACCACUUCCUGCCAAGUGAGCCCACCAAAUGGAACGUAGAAGACGUCUAUGAAUUCAUCCGCUCUCUGCCAGGCUGCCAGGAGAUUGCCGAGGAAUUCCGUGCCCAGGAGAUCGAUGGGCAAGCCCUGCUGCUGCUCAAGGAGGACCACCUGAUGAGUGCCAUGAACAUCAAGCUGGGGCCCGCCCUGAAGAUCUACGCCCGCAUCAGCAUGCUCAAGGACUCCUAGGGCCUCUGCGCUGGCCCUGGCCCGGGGCCAGACAGACAUUCCAGAGGGCCCAGCAAGGGGCCAUCAGAGGGCAGGGCUCUCUGGACCUGGCUGGUGAGGAGGUCUUGGCUCUGCCUCAGUGGCUCUCAGGGGCCUUUCAUGUAAGUGGGAGGGGCAGAGGGAGGUGGCACAGAAGAUGGGGCUUUAUGCUUGUAAAUAUUGAUAGCACUGGCUUCCUCCAAAGUCCCAGUCCUUUAGCCCCACUCUCCUCCCCUCCCUGUGUCCCCCAUUUUCAAGGGGGUAUGUGGUCAGGGCUCUCCAACCUCUGUUGGGUUCUUCCAAGGGCAGCCAGCAGGCCUGGAUAGAGGCCUUGAAAGCCCUUGCCUGCCUUCCUCCCUCGCUCUCUCCAGACCUGGUUAACUCUUCCGUUGCCAGCUUCUCCCCCUUCAGCCUGUUUCUGAAGCAGCCGGGGUUCCCCUACUACACCCUCUGCAGGUGGAGAGAGAGAAGCUGCGCCCAGCUUGGCCAUGCCUGCUGGCACAGACGCCUUAACGCUGUAUGACUGUGUAACUGUGGGGCCUGGACGGACUGACGGCGAGAGCCAUCCUCUGGCCUCUCCAGGUGUUUUGUAGCAAACAGCCACUUAGUGCUUUGUCCUGGGCUCCGCUCGGCCUCAGGGUGGUGGGGAAUAGAGCUGAGAGCUAGCCGUCUCAGUGCCAGAGGCCGCUCAGACAGACAAUGUUUAGGAGCAUUUCCAAACUUGUCAAGACCUUCCUAAACACCCCCACACACACCCCUCCCACACACACCCCUGCUAUCUCACCAACAGCAAAAAGGAAGCUUCCAUGGACUGGGCCAUGAACUACCCAGUCCGCCAGCUCACCCUGUGUGCCCAGUGUGGGGACGCAAGAGCUCGCGUUGGCAUUGACAUGCCCAAGGCAGCCUCUGGCCUCCCACUCCCACACUCUUUGCUCUAAAUUUUAGACUUCCUAGCAGCAGUUUGAGCUACCUGAGGCAGCAGGGUAGGAGGAGCUAGGGCUUGCCUCUAACUCACCCUGCCCUUUGCAAGCUCCUGGGGGGAGGGUAGGAUUCGUCCCAGGAAGGGAGUGGGUACCUUUCUCAGCUUGUUCUAUUCCCCACCCAUACCCCAGGCAGGGUUGGAAAUGAAGGACUUUUGUAAACCUUUUUGUUUUUAAAAAAAUAAAUCUGUAAAAUCGA